AUGCAACUUUAUUCGCUUUUGUGGGUUCAUGAGGUUAAGAUCAUCAAGGAUAAUUAUGUAACCAAGACGCACCUAGAAGAGCUAAAGAAAGAUAAAUCUUUCUUAAAAACAUCCACAUCACCAGCUCAUCAUCAUAAGGUAGGUAGAAGGUGCAGUGCCUUCUUGUUGGAUGUGGGUACUACGUUCGGCGACAGUGGGCCGAUGGGCUUGUCGCACGAGUUAUCAACAGCUGAUGUACCGUUACAAACAACUGACGUACAGACAGAGACGGAAAAGAUAGCUAUCGCACAAGUAGCUAGUCGUGCUCGUGAUAGUGUCGAUGCACUCGCACCUGUGUCAGAUAUGCAUAAGGCUGACCUCUUUACAUCUGGAGGCGUGACUGCUUAUAACGGUGCGGAUGGGCGGCAAUCAUUCAGCGCAGGAGGCGCUAAAACAACUCCAAUUCCAAUGCAGAACUCACCGAGUAAAAGCAGGAUGAAUGAUGACAAAACAAUUGUAGUGAAUAAGUUCUCUAACAAUAAUAACGCAAUAAAAGAUACAUCUUGUGAUGGUAAUUUUCAGUCUUCGCUAACUAUGGCCGAAAUAUUGAAAAAAGGUGAAGCUUGGAAAAAUGAAGAACCGCCAGAGGCCUGGAUAAAAGUUCAAAAGCGCAGAUUGCGUAACCGUUUUAUAGGAGCAGGCCCGUCGGUUGAAAGAGCAGCUGCAGUGCGGACAGGAGGAAUAGGCCCGCCGACAGGAGGAACAGGUCCGUCGGCUGGAAGACUGCUCUGCUUGCAGCGCAGACAGGAGGAACAGGCCCGUCUGUUGGAAGAUCAGCAGCCGGAACAGACUUGUCGGUCGGAAGAGCAGAUGCUCCUCAUGAAGGACCUUCACACUACCUUUGGGAAAGAGAUAAGGGAGGUGAAGGAUAGGGUUGCUCAACAUGACAACCGCCUGUCGGAAGCUGAAACCCAAAUCAAGGAAGCUAAAACCCAAAUCGACCAAGUGAACAAUCGGGUUGACAACGUAAUGGCUGACAUGAAAAAAUCACUAGACGAACUCAAACUUGGGGAUGGAACUACAGCUCCCAUAGUAACUACUACACCUUCGCUACGUGGGUUCAAGGUCAAAAUCCAGAUCGAGGCUGUUAUGAAGGCGAACGGCUGGAAUAAAAGUCAGGCCAUGACUGCUCUCACACUUGGCCUGCGCGACCAGGUCUUAACAGUUCACUCUCGGUGA